ACCCAACCCCAGCAGCACACUCUCCAUCGCUAGCUCUCUCUCUUCUUUUUGUUCGCUCGGUUUUGGUGUGUUCUGCUCACCAGCCACUCCUUCACUACAAAAGCCUGCUUCUGCAGGGACAGAUAACACUAGAAGUAAAGCAUACUACACACAUAUACAAGCACAGUUCAGCUGCACACACAUUUUCUGAAUACAACCUCUUCUCACACAACCCAGCUGCACAAGCACAACGCUAGCUCAGUGAAGGAGCAGUGUGCUCUUUGCCUCUUUGCUUUGCUUUGCUUGCUGCUAAGAAGCUAGGCUUGGCUAACUCAAGCUAUGAGAACCAUCACAGCAAGAAACCCCCAUGAUUCCCUCUCCUUCUCUAGGAGGCAUUUCAAGUGGCCGGUUCUUGGCAAGAGCUACAGCCAUGGCGCCACGAGAGGGGAGGAGGAUUACAUGAAGAGCUCGGAAGCUGAAGAGGAGGAGGAUGAGGCGACAAUGGCGUUCUCCUCUGUCUGUCCGAGUUUCCAUUCUGAGGACUUCGUUUCUCCUCCCAAGAAGCCGCCGCGGCAGCAGCAUCCUCAGCAGCAGCAUCCGCCGCAGCGUAGGAAGGUCCGCACGGCCGUGUCGCGCCUGCGCUCGGCGCUGGCGGCGGCCGUGACGGGGCGGCACCGGCAGGUCGGCCUCGGCGCGCGGCUCACCGGCACGCUCUACGGCCACCGGCGCGGCCACGUGCACCUCGCGUUCCAGCUCGACCCGCGCGCGUGCCCGGCGCUGCUGCUGGAGCUCGCCGCGCCCACCGCCGCGCUGGUGCGCGAGAUGGCCUCGGGCCUUGUGCGCAUCGCGCUCGAGUGCGAGCGCGCCAAGGGCGGCCCCGCCCCCGCCCUGCCCACCGCGACGGGCGGCGGGAAGAGGCUGCUCGAGGAGACGGUGUGGCGCGCGUACUGCAACGGCAAGAGCUGCGGCUACGCGGUGCGCCGCGAGUGCGGCGCCGCCGACUGGCGCGUGCUGCGCGCGCUGGAGCCGGUGUCCAUGGGCGCCGGCGUCAUACCCGCCGCCAGCUGCGGCGGCGGCGAGGGCGACGUCAUGUACAUGCGCGCGCGGUUCGAGCGGGUGGUGGGCUCGCGCGACUCGGAGGCAUUCUACAUGAUGAACCCGGACAGCACAAGCACCAGCAGCAACAGCAACAGUGGCGGUCCUGAGCUCAGUGUCUACCUCCUCCGGGUUUAACGGAGCCAUGUCUGAUUUUUUUUUCUCUCUCUGUUCCUUGUUCUUUGCCCAUGUCAUCUCAUCAUCACUGGAAAUGGAUUAGGAAGUUGCUGUUUAGACUUUAGAUGAAUGUUCAUGGUGGUUUAGUGUUGAUUAUGCAUAGUGUUAGGUCAUGGACUCGUGGUGAUAAGAGAGUCAUGCUGCUGUCAGACUGUAAUGACUCUAUAGAUGAAGGAUUAGUGCUCUGGCAAAUCAAGUACUCUCUGGUGUGGUUUCUAAAUGCAAGUGGUAGAAUAGUGGUACAUUACUGCGUUUAUUGUAAUAAUCAAUAAAGAAACUCUUUAAUUUUCUUUCCCA